AUGACGCAGCUCCGCCGCAUGGGAUUUCCGUGCGAGUUGAUGGACAUACGCUGUGCGACGAUUGCGGCUCAAGCUCGUGUAUGCCACCUCGAGGCGUUGACGCAGGGCGGGCUGCAGGUGCAAGCGAGGGCCCGCCGACUCCGCCAGCUUCUCCAGAGCGAUGGGCGUCAAUUCUAUUCUGAAGCUGUCGAGGCGUGGCUGGCGAGCAACACAUUAUUUGUCUUGGAAGCUUCGGCAGACCGCAUCGACGGGGAGGAGUUUCGACGUGGCCUACGGCUCACGCACGAGUUGCCGACUGAGGACCGGCCCUCCCUCAAGGCAGGGUGGCAAGCCAGCCGAUGCCAAUUUUUGCUGGCAGCGCGUCCGCCGACCAAGGUAGAGGCAUUUCUUCGGAGGCGGCUUGACCAUUGGAGCAUUGGCCUUGCGCCGGGCCGCCGGGUGCCGCGCUUCUCCGCGUACAUUGCCCUUCUCGGUCAGAGUGCCCCGCCAUGCGUCAUGGCAGCGGCCUUGCGCACAGCUUGCAAUGGCUGGCUCACAACGGCGCGUUUUCAGCAACGGUCUCAUUGUGCGUUCGGCUGCGGGGGCGGUUUCGAUUGCAUUCGGCAUUACGCACAUUGUGGCCUGUACCAUCGCUGGUGCGAGGAGGCGUGUGCCCUCGAGCCACCGCCUGCGCAGGCGCGCCUGGCAAGUUUCCUCGGUUUGCACGCGCCGAUGGGGCUGGAGGCCACGCCCGUGCCGCGUACAAGCGACGAGAUGCGCCUGUUGAGGGCUGUUUGUAUCUAUGCCCUUUACCGGGCACACCUCGCCGUGCGGCACAAAGCCGUAUUUCAGUUCGACGCAGGGCAUCUUUUCAAGGCCGCCGUGCGCGAGGCUUGCGCCCGAGAGCCUCUCAACGGGCUGCUCGCCAGGCGGCGGCAGUUCGAAGUUUCAGGUCUGCAGUUUUCUGCGUUGGCCGCCGCUCGCGUGCCGGACGGCGGCGCCGCCGCCGGGGACCCCGCCGCCCGCGCCAGCGAGGGCGCGGGCGCCGCCCCCGGCAGGGGCGCGGGCCGCGGCAGGGGCGGCCGGGGCGGCGGCGCCCGCGGGGAAGACUCCGACGCGGACGGCGAUGCUCAGGAGUCCAGCAGCGACUCCGACGAGGGCCUCGACCGGCUCGCCCGACUGGAGGUGGACCUCGCGGUGGACCACCAGCUGCGCAGGGCCCGCCUGGAGGACAAGUGCCGCACCAAGAUGCAGCGGGUCCAGAGGAAGAAGAAGGAGACGCGGCGCGAGCGCGUGAUGGCUGCCUGGGCCGGGGAGAUGGGCGCGUUCAACGAGGCGAUCGACCGCCAGGCCGCCGAAGAUCACGCUCUCAAGGACAAGGACAGCGACGAUGACGAGGCCGACGACGACAGCGAGGACGACCUGAAGGCGUUGCGGGACUUCCAGACCUCCCAGAAGAGUGCGCAGAAGGCGCUCGGCGCCGGCGCGGGCGGCAUGGACCCCGUGGCCCUCGAGGCGCUCGCGGCGGGGCCGAGCGGGUCUGGAGGGCCUGGCCGGGCGAACGCCACCGAGGGCGGGGCCGAGAGCGACGAGGACGAGGCCGUGGCUGCGCCGAGGAUGAAGAAGAGCAAGACGGGCGAGGCCAUCGUGCCGGCGGAGCGGACCGAGGAGCAGCUGAGGGCGGAGGCCCGGGCGGAACGCUGGUUCGGCCAGGACAUCUUCCAGGGCCUGACGCCGAGCUCUGGCUCCCGCGCGCUGGCGCCGGCGGGCUCGGAGGCCUCCGACGACGGCUCCGAGCCCGAGGACUUUGCAGUGGUGGCUAGCCAAAUGAGGGAGCUGAAGGACAACCAGCUGCCAAACAUGCCUCUGACGGACAAGCAGAAGCGGCAGCUGAAGAGAAAAAAGGACAACGAGCGCAAGGGGAAGGGGAACGUGGAGGAAGACAACAGGCCGAUGGAGAUCGCACCAUUGGAGGCGCCAAAGCCGCUCGUGCCUGCCAAGAACCAGAAGCCGUCGGACCCUCAGGAGCUUGCCGAGACGCUGGCGCUGGGCUCUCUGAUGGUGGAUUCGAAGAAGUCCCGCAUGGACCUCAUCGACGCUGCAUACAACAGGUGGACGUUCGAUGCUGACUCAGGCCUCCCUGACUGGUUCACGGAGGACGAGAACAAGCACAACAAACCCGAGUUGCCAAUAUCCAAGGCGCUCAUGGACCAGUUCCGAGCCAAGCUGCGGGAGAUCAACGCGAGGCCAAUACGGAAGGUCACGGAGGCCAAGAACCGGAAGAAGCGGCGCCUGCAGAAGCGGCUGGAGAAGCUGCGGUCGACCGCCAUGUCCCUGGCCGACGUGGGCGACAUGAGCGAAGUGGCCAAGGCGCGGCAGAUGCGCAAGGCCAUCAGCAAGGCUGCCCGCGAUGACCAGCGCAAGGUGCAGGUGGUCGCCAUCAAGAAGGGCGGUGGCGGCAGACAAACCACGAAGGGCAAGGCACCGAAAGGCGCCAAGGUGAAGGUGGUGGACAAGCGCAUGAAAUCAGACAGGCGCGGGGAGAAGAAGGCAGCCGCAUUCAACAAGAAGCGGCAGAGGACCCUCAACAAGAAGGCGCAAAACAAGAGGAAGGGAAAGGCGAGCGCCGGAGGCGGCAGCAGAGACAGCGGCGGGAAGGGCGUCUUCAACAGGGGAUCGGCGUGACCCUCGCGCCGUGAUCCUCUGGCGCCACGCCCGGCCCCAGAAAAAGGAAACCUGCGCGCGGGGACAGAAAGGGAGGAGGAGGAG